AUGGCGGAAUACGAAGCUCGCAUAAUCGGGCUUAGAAUGGCAGUUGAUAUGAACAUUAAGGAACUUUUGGUAAUAGGCAAUUCUGACCUAUUAGUUCAUCAGGUACUAGGAGAAUGGACCACCAAGAAUGUCAAAAUUCUUCCAUACUUACAUUGCGUGAAGGAAUUGUUCAAGCAGUUCAGAGAGAUUGACUUCAAGCAUGUGUCUCGAAUCCAAAAUGAGUUUGCUGAUGCCCUUGAGACAUUGUCAUCAAUGAUCCAACAUCCGGACAAGAAUUACAUCAACCCUAUUAAGGUAGAAAUACAGGAUCAGCAAGCAUAUUGUUUUCAUGUCGACGAGGAAUUGGAUGGCCAGCCAUGGUACUACGACAUUAAGAAGUUGCUUGAGAUGAGAGAAUAUCCAAAAAUGCAACUAACAAACAGAAGCGGACCUUGA